CUCGCCGAGGCGUACCCGGAAGAAUUCGCGCCGGGUGUUCGAAGAAGUCGUGAACGAUUUUACGAGUACACGGAUUCGCGAUUCUCGAAGUCAAUAUUUGCUCCAGAGCUCGGACGGUUUCGGGAGUGUCGGCCGGGUCAGAGAGCUCGCCAGGAAACCACACGGAGUUUACGAAACGCGACCUUCGGCAGCGCGCACUCCCGUACCGGAAGUGGAUAUCGCGCGUACGUGGCCUAAGAGCAAUAAAGGAGGCCCGGCUCCGCAGGCCGCCAAAAGAGAAUGGGGAAAGACAGUCGCGCGGAGACCAAGAAGCGCGUCGGAUCACGCAACGGAACUGCGAAAUCGCUCGGAAGCACGUGACACGCGGGAUCGGAUCCGGCUGCUCGACCGAUCCUCCGCCGAUUUCCGGACAUCGGUUACCUUUCCGCUCCGAUUCGCGCGAUCGCGAACCAUAUCUUGUCGUUUUUUCGCGAAACAGAGUCUCUCCGUAGAAAAUCCCCCGUUUACCCUGUCUCACCGCCGCUCCCGUCGACGAAUUAACGAAACCGUGAUACUUGAUGUUCCAAGCCAGUUGGUAAAAAGUGCAUCGGGGAAUGGUGAAGCGACUGUAGAUCGGUGUGUUUUAGUGACAAAUGCGCGGAGUAUGACGUCAAAUGCAAUUAGAGGUAUACGGAGGAAGAAGAGCUCGCUAUGCGAGGUAAAGGUGGCUGUGAUCGGAGCACCCGGGGUCGGGAAGAGCGCGUUGACGGUGAGGUUUCUAACAAGGAGAUACAUCGGGGAAUAUGAUCACCAGUCAGAGAACAGAUACAAACACGAGGUGCUAGUCGACGGUGAACCUAUUCUUUUCGAAAUUUUGGAUACCUGCCCGAAGAGCGAGGACGAAUUGCCGUCCGCCGAUACUCUGCAAUGGGCUGACGGAUUGCUUUUGGUCUAUUCGAUAACCGACAGGAGUUCCUUCAAUUUUGUAAGAAAGGCGAAGGACACACUUGCCGUGGCUGAUCCAGAAGCCACAAUGCCUCUUGCUAUGGUGGGAAACAAAGCCGACAUGGUACACUUGAGGCAAGUUAGCACGGAAGAGGGGGAGAUACUCGCGAAAGAUUUUGAAUGCUGGUUCAGCGAAGUGUCCGCGGCUGAACAGGUCACCCAAGUCGCUGAGUCUUUCCACGAAUUAUGCCGGGAAGUUUUGGCUGCCAGAAGGAGAAACAAACAAUCUCUAUUGGACAGAAUGCUCGGUAGCAAAGCUACACGCGCUUACUCGCGAGGGAAAAGUGAUUCAGCGCUUCCGAAGGAUUAAUGUACACAAUUUCGUAAUUUAUUCACACGAAUAUCCGCUUUGAAAAUUCGUGUUAAACAAAUUAUCAUCAGAGUUAUUUCUAUGAGAAUUCACGACCUUGUUUUAGGAGAAAGAAGUAAUUGCAUACAAUUUAUGCACUCGUUUGUACUUAUCAUUAAAAUUAUAAGUACCAAAGAUUUAUAUAACAUCAUGUAACGUUUGUAAUUUAUAUAAUAAUCUUAUUUAUGCUAUUUAUGUUAAAGAAUUCGAUAAUACGAAUAGAGGCAAUAUAUCGAUAUGACAUAGGUUAAAAUUUACACUAAUUAGUACGAAACUGCAGUGCCAAGUAUAAAUAUUUAAAACAAUAUUUAAUGUUCAAUAUUGUCACGGUUAUUUAAACAUAUACAAUAUGUAAACAUAUAAUUUAGAUACAUGUGGAAUCUUUUAUCAGUUGAUCUAUAUUUAUUUUGUACUUAUAAUGAAAAGUUAUGACAAUAAAUAUUUUACUUAUUUAUUA